AUGGAGAGUAAAAUGAUUGACCAUCGUAGUAGUGUGAUCACAAGCCCGCCCGGAUGGGAAAUAGGAAUAUACAUUGCUGGCGCGCUGACUUUGCUAGGAGUAGUAGGUCUGUAUUUAUGGAAACUGUACAGAUCGGGCAGCUACCCGUCUCCUUCUCCGUUCCCCAACUACGAUUAUCGAUAUCUCAAACAAAAAUAUGGGAGGUCGUACUCAGAGGUGAAGAAGAAGAGACCCGUCCAGGCAAAUCCAGCAGUGGCACAUCUCAAUGACACCUAUGAAAGUAUUAACGAAUUUGGUCCAAUGGAGUUGAUCAACAGGGACAUGGAAAUGACUCCCUAUGGGAUGUUAAGGAAGUCUGUCUCUACCGAUUCCCUCAGCUCUAUCUCUUCCAUUGGAAAUAACUUUGGCUUGGACUUUACUGUGGGACAGAUUGAAGUCACUAUGGACUAUGAUCUCAGUUCAAACAUAUUGCACGUCUCUUUAAUACAAGAAGAUUUACUGGAGAAAAAGGAAGAUGGCAACUUUGAAUCGUGUUUUGUGCACAUUAGCCUGCUCCCAGAUGAACAAAUUGUUGGAAUUUCCAGAAUACAGAGAAAUUCAUAUUCAGUUUUAUUCGACGAGAGGUUUUCCAUUCCUCUCGAUCCGCUGGCGCUGGAAGAGAAUAGCCUGAGGUUUUCUAUAUUUGCGAUAGAUGGGGAUGAAAGAAAUAUCAGCACGGGAGUAGCAGAGCUGAAAUUAUCCGACCUGGAUCUGACUGUGAGGCCUUUCAAUACAUGGAUAUACCUCCAAGACGUCAAUAAGGCUGCAGAUGCCGUGGGAGAAAUUCUGCUGUCUCUUAGCUACCUUCCUACCGCUGAACGUCUUACAGUGGUGGUAGUUAAAGCAAAGAACCUUCUGUGGAACGAAGGGAAGACCACAGCAGACCCGUUUGUAAAAGUCUACCUACUGCAAGACGGCAGAAAGAUCAGCAAGAAGAAGACGGCCAUGAAACGAGACGAUAGAAAUCCGGUGUUUAAUGAAGCCAUGAUAUUCUCAGUACCAGCCAUAGUCCUGCAGGAUCUAUCGUUGAGGAUUACGGUGGCCGAAUGCUGUGAUGACGGGAGAGCAGAGAAUAUCGGACAUGUCAUCAUUGGGCCAGCAGUCAGCGGGAUGGGCAUGACUCACUGGAACCAAAUGUUAGCAACUCUAAGGAAACCUGUGUCCAUGUGGCAUCAAUUACGGAGAAAUUAAGAGGCUCGGGUGCCCCGAUUUGUCCCUAA